AUGAUUAGAACUACAAAUUUAAUUUCAAACAAAUCAAUCUUUUCAAAUUCAAUUAGAUAUUUUGGUACUAAAUCAGAUUCCAAAAUUAAUGCAACAAGAUCUUUAAAUUCUUCAUCAAGUGGUGGUGCUUCAUUAUCUUUAUCUGAUGUUUUCCAAUCUCCAUUAUCAAGAUUAAGAUUAGCUGAAAAAGAUUCAGAUAUUAUUGCCAAACAAAAAUUUGAUGAAUCUUCAUAUCAAAAAUAUCUUUCAAAUAAAUAUAAAACAAAUUCAAUUGGUUUAACAAAAGAUGAAUUAGAAUUACAAAAAAUUAUAAAUCAAUAUCCAACUAUUAAAAAAGCUCAUCAAGAUUAUGAAUUAUUAUUGAAAAAUCGUCAAAAUAUUUCACAAUGGGAAGAAUCAAGUCAUAAAGUUGCAAUGAAUUAUGCAAAUGAAUUAAAUGAAUUAGAUGAAUUUGAUCCAAAAGCUUCAAAUAAAUUAAGAUCUAAUUUAAGAAAAACUUUUUUCAAAAAUUCAUUAGGUUCAAUGAUUAUCUUUAAUAAUUCAAAUUUUUUGGUUAAAUUUUUAUCACAAUUAAUUUUUGGUAAUAUGAUUUCAAAAAGUUAUUCAUACUGGUUAAGAUUUUUAAAUGUUAAAGUUCCAUGGACUACUAGAAGAAAUUAA